UAAAACAAGAUUUUUAACAUAGCAGACGAAUAUUUUACACUUUAUUUUGUAGUCUCAUAGAAUGACUGAAUUGUACAGAAACAAUUGUAUCCGACUGUCCUAUUAACGACAAUGUAUAAAUAAUUAACUAAUUAUAGUUAUUACAUGUUUAGCGUGUGAUAGUAUCAAUGGCAUAUAAUAUAAUGAUGUUCUAUUAUAUCUGAUGGUACAUGCAACAUUUAAAGAAUAUAAAUAUAUGAUGCAGAAAAUGGAGGUCAUUAGCAAGUCGUUUCGCGUUAAAAAUGUUUCCAAUUAUAUUUCUUUGUUUUCUCCAGCUGUGUCAAGGUAACCCAGAUGCAUCCUUCAUUGUCAAUAUGGACUCACAAAUGGAGUGUUGCGACGAACAAAGCUUAACCGUGGUGGAUGUCUCGGGCCUGGAUGUGGGUCGUUACAAUGAAACCUUUGCCUACUUGAACGGAGCCAUCAAUAUUUUAGCUGAGGUUGACUCCCGACUCAUGAUAGAAUUGAUUCUUCAAAAAGAAGCUUCUGGUUCCUACGAGGUCGUAUUUUCACAUGAAGUGCCGAAAUUCUGCGAUGAGCUCGAAAAAGGUCCGAACAGUGACUACUACACUUAUUUGAAACACAUAGACUUACCAGAAUCUUGCCCUUUUCCAGAGGGUUCCUACGCCGUCACCGAGAUGAUUGUUGACACUGAAGACAUGCCAAUCAACAGCAACACGGCUGGCUACUACCAGGCUCUGCUGAACUUCUACCUGAUGCCUGAAGAAGGGGGAGAGAAGGAAUACGUUUGUUGUCUUGCUCUCAAGCUGGUGAUCGAAACUGACUCGAAGUGAUCGGAGAAAAGUAGCUUGGAAUAAAUGCUGCUGGUAAUAGAUUUAUUUUAUUUUCGUAUUCAUGCAGUAGGAAAAUGUGGGAUGAUGUCCCAGAGCCAAUGUUUGAUGAUUGGAGGAAAAAAAUGGUUCAUGUUACAUAGACAUGUAAUGCAAUAAAGUAAAAAAGCAAGUGUAGGUAUUGUUGAAAUCCGUAUCUAUUUAUUCAUGGCCAAGUAUUUAUAUUUUUAUACAUUUAUACAUACUCAUCUUAUCUGGAGGAAAAGUUUAUAACUUUAAACUCCACACCUAGUGCAUGGUUUAGGGGAUUACUACGGAGUCCAAAAAUACCUAGUUCUAGUUGCCGUCUGGAAGUCGCGGUCUCGUUUUUUAAAUGAAGGAUAUUUUUCGACGGUAGGUAUAUUUUUUUCUAAGUUCUUGAAAAUAUCAUAAAUAAGCUUCCGGUAUAUAUUUUGAUUCUUUUUAGUUCCCAAUAAAGGUAGCCUAAAAAAUCAGACGUACAAAUAAAACUCAACUAAACAUUUUAUUACAUUUAUUGAUCCAGAAUCUAUUCGUUGUCUGGAUCAUUAACAUUGUCAUCCCGACUUGACUCAUACGAAGCCUGUUCGGGCUUCAACUGCCCUCUCACUUGUAUCUCUUCUGAGGAUGCUUUCUCCUCUUUUGUCUCUUUCGAUACUUUCUUACUACUACUUUCUACUUUCUCCUCUUUUUCUU